AGCACUUCAUGUCAGGUUACAAGGUGCAGGUGGAGUCAGGGGUGGAGUCUGUCCAGCUGCCCUGUAAAACUAUAGUUCACCUGCCCAAAGGCACUAAGGUGGAGUGGAAGGACGGAGACAGCAGGAAGGUCCACGUGUAUCAGAGCAGCUCUGAGCAGCCUGAAGAACAGCACGACUUUUACAGAGGACGAACAAAGAUGGAGAGAAACCUGCUGAAACCUGGAGACCUCAGUCUGACCCUGAAACACCCCACAGACACACACACCUACACCUGCACCGCCUACAACAAGAGGGGAGACAUCCUGAUGGAGAAACAAGUGCAGCUGACAGUCAGAGUCCCCCAGGUGGAGGUGGAGGAGGGGGUGGAGUCUGUCCAGCUGCCCUUCACAACCACACUUCACCUGCCUCAAGAUGCUAAAGUGGAGUGGGUGGAUGGUUACAGGAAGGUCCACGUGUAUCAGAGCGGCUCUGACCAGCCUGAAGAACAGCACCAGGCUUACAGAGACCGAACGAAGAUGAAUGAAGACCUGCUGAAAACUGGAGACCUCAGUCUGACCCUGAAACUCCCCACAGAUGGAGACACAGACAACUACACCUGCACCGUCUACAGCAGGGAGGGAAACAUCCUGCUGAAGAGAAAGGUGAAGCUGAGAGUCAGAGUCCCCCAGGUGGAGGUGGAGGAGGGGGUGGAGUCUGUCCAGCUGCCCUUCACAACCACACUUCACCUGCCUCAAGAUGCUAAAGUGGAGUGGGUGGAUGGUUACAGGAAGGUCCACGUGUAUCAGAGCAGCUCUGACCAGCCUGAAGAACAGCACCAGGAUUACAGAGACCGAACGAAGAUGAAUGAAGACCUGCUGAAAACUGGAGACCUCAGUCUGACCCUGAAACUCCCCACAGAUGGAGACAACUGGACCUACACCUGCACCGUCUACAGCAGGGAGGGAAACAUCCUGCUGAAGAGAAAGGUGAAGCUGAGAGUCAGAGUCUGUCAGGUGGAGGUGGAGGAGGGGGCGGAGUCUGUCCAGCUGCCCUUCAGAACCACAGGAAACCUGCCUGGAGAUGCUGGAGUGGAGUGGAAAUGCAUUGAACCUAAACCUGAACUGAAGGUCCACGUGUAUCAGAGCGGCUCUGACCAGCCUGAAGAACAGGACCAGGAUUACAGAGACCGAACGAAGAUGAAUGAAGACCUGCUGAAAACUGGAGACGUCAGUCUGACCCUGAGACUCCCCACAGAGAGAGACAGUGGGACAUACAGCUGUGGAGUCGUCAGCAGGAACAUCUGGAGAUGGAAAAACGUGCAGCUCAAAGUCAAAGGCAGAGCUCAGGUCCAGGAUCAAACAGGGAUCAUCAGGAACAGAAGCAGCUCCAUUGAUCCGACUCCUCUGAUGGCUGAUCAAUCAGUUUGAUCUGUUUGUUCUUUGAUUAUUGAUCAGUGAUGUCAGAGUGGAGUCAGUGUGAUGUUGUUGUUGUGUGUUUGAGCCUUUUAGUGUCCAUGAAGGUCUCUGCUGCCGUAGAUCCUCUGAACUGUGACAGAGGUCUCACUCUGGAGGAAACUCUCAGCACUUUCCAGCAGCUCCUCCAUCAUGGAGGACAUUCCCUCACUGGAACAGGUGGAGGAGAGAGGAGAGGAAGCACAGGUGGAUGCUCUGAGGAAGAGGAGCGUUCUCACAUUGGUCUUCCUACAACAACACCUUGAUCACAUGAGCAGAGGGGCGUGGCCUUCAGUGGUCCUAACACGCCGUCGUAGUAAUAAAGGAACCCUCCACAUGUUCCACUUUGAAGGCUCAUCUCCAACAAAGCAGACCUGUGAUCACUUUAACUCACUAUGAUGAUUGUUGACAUUUGUCUUUGUGUCUCUGGCUUUUCUUGUGUGUCUGUGUGUCUUUGGGAUGUUGGAUAGAGUCAUGUGACCUGCCCAGGGACUACAGAUGGAAAUGAGCAGUUUAGCUCCAAUCUGGCAGCUUUCCAUCUUCUAUGUUUAUAUUGAUGUCCAUGAACAUGCACUGUCCCUGUGAGAUCAAUGUAGCUCUUCUCCAUCCUGCUGUGA